UGGAGGUGGAGUAGCUCUUCCCAGUAGGUCUGAGAUUUUGGGUCGUCUGGCUAAUUCUUUGUUUGAUCCUGGACAUGUCACCUCUCCCUGGGCCUCAGCUUCCCCCAUUUGUUGAAUGAUAUUCCUAACGUAGGAGUCCAGCGCUCCAAGAGGCAGACCCUGAGGGCUUGGAUGGGAGAAGCAUGCUAGGUGGAGGCAAUGUCUAUGCAAAGAUGUGUGGACUUGGUAAGGCGUGCGGGGAGAUUGCUCCUGCUCCACCUGACAUGAUCCUGGCACUCCAACACCAGUCAAGGUGCUGCCGGUCGCUCAGUUCCUGCUCUGAGGUGGCCGGGACCAGGUGUCCCGAAAGCAGCCUGCGGGCGGCGGCCGAGCUUAAGCAGUGACGCGAGAAGAGGGUGGAGCCGAGGGAGGGGACGUGGUCUCACGAACAAAGAGGAGGGCGGAGAGGGGCUGUCCUGAAGGCUCUGGCACGCGUAUGAUCCCAGGCCAAUUCCACCCCUGCUCCCGGAGCCCUCCUCGACUUCAGCACGGAACUUGCGUCCUCCUGCCGACGUCCACCGAACCCACCAAAGCCAGCGCUGCAGCCGCCCCAAGACUACGGCCCCUAACAUCUUUGGCCCGCGCGGGGCGGGGCCUUCCUUCGGGGCGUGGCCAUCAAAUUGAAUUUCCCCAAUGGGGUACGACGGUGGGCGGCACCCACCCUAGGAUUGGCUGGUGCGGCGGGGUGGGGCGGGGCCAGCGGGACGGCUGGCGCGGCUGGACAGGCGGCUCCACAGAGAGUCCAGGGGACGGUUGCUGAGCGGGCCAGGGACACCGGGUCGCGGCGCCUCCCGCCUGCCCGCCUCUAAUCCAUCUGCCGGGUCCCGAGCAAGCUAACCCGAGCCCGCGCCAGACGGGUGGGCUGGACCGAGAGAAUCCUCUGAGCUGGUGACAGGUGCUACAGGCACUGGGGACGGACAGAGCUAGGGGCCCUCGAGAUGGCGGACGAGGCUUUAGCUGGGCUGGAUGAGGGAGCCCUUCGGAAGCUGCUGGAGGUCACAGCAGAUCUGGCAGAGCGGCGGCGCAUCCGCUCAGCCAUCCGGGAGCUGCAGCGGCAGGAGCUGGAGCGCGAGGAGGAGGCCCUAGCAUCCAAGCGCUUCCGUGCAGAACGGCAGGACAACAAGGAGAACUGGCUGCACUCUCAGCAGCGGGAAGCCGAGCAGCGGGCCGCCCUGGCACGGCUGGCAGGGCGGCUGGAGUCCAUAAGUGAUGUGGAGGAGCUGACCACGCUGUUGCGAAGCGCCGGUGAGUAUGAGGAACGCAAGCUGAUCCGAGCCGCCAUCCGCCGCGUCCGGGCUCAGGAGAUUGAGGCGGCCACCUUGGCUGGGAGGUUGUGCAGUGGGCAUCCCAACAGUGGCUCGAGAGACGACAGCAAGGGGCGGGCAGCACGUAGGCUGGAACGGCGUGAGGUGCCAGAGCGAGAGGAACGGGAGCAGCAGGCAGAGGUCCCAGAGUCAACCCCAACCCCUGAGGGCACCAGCCAUGAUGUGACCACAGUGACACUCCUGCUGCGAGUCCCGCCGGGGGGCACACCCAGCUCACCUGCCUCACCCAACAGUUCACCCACCGCUGCCUCUCCUGAGCCUCUGCUGGAGCCUGCCGAGGCCCAUUGUCCUGCAGCUGAGGCUCCAGGCAGCCCGGAGCCACCCCCCAGCCCACCCAAGGCCACCAGCCCUGAACCCCAGGAGUCUCCAGCACCCCCCAGCACUGAGAGGCCAGUGGUCAACAAGCUCCUGUCUGGUCCCACAGAGCCCCCUGCUGCCCAGAGCCCUACCAGAGGCCCCUCUGACACCAAGAGAGCAGACCAGGCUGGAUCCCGACCCUGCCAACGCUCCCUGUCUGUGCUCACUCCCCGCCAGCCAGCCCAGAACCGAGAGUCCACCCCACUGGCCAGUGGACCUUCCCCGUUCCAGCGGGCUGGCUCUGUGCGUGACCGCGUCCGCAAGUUCACAUCGGAUUCUCCUCUGGCUGCUGGGCUCCAGGACGGCCCAGUCCGCGCUGCCCUAGGUUCCCUGACCCCAACAAGGCUCCUGGGCCCCUCCCUCACCAGCACCACCCCUGCCUCCUCCUCCAGCGGCUCCUCCUCUCACAGUCCAAGUGACACCUCCUCUCGGUCCAGCAAGGAGCAAGGAGGAACAGCCCGGCCCCUGGGCCAGCUUCAGAGCUGCCCCCGGGAGGACAGCCCCAGUGGGCGGGGCUCAGCUGCCAGGUCCCUUGAAAACGCAGCAGGGGGGGCCGUGGCCCGCUCAGAGGAGUCCAGUGCCCCGCUGCCCGUGGCCAUCGGCACCGCCGAGCCAGGGGGCAGCAUGAAGACCACAUUCACCAUUGAGAUCAAGGAUGGCCGUGGCCAGGCCUCCACAGGCCGGGUGCUGCUGCCCACAGGCAACCAGAGGGCAGAACUGACGCUGGGGCUGCGGGCGCCCCCCACCCUCCUCAGCACCAGCAGUGGGGGCAAGAACACCAUCACGCAUGUGAGCGGCCCUGGGACCCUGGCCCGGCUGGGCAGUGUCACUCACGUCACCAGCUUCAGCCAUGCCUCCCCUGGUGGCAGAGGAGGCAGCGGCAUUAAGAUGGAGCCGGAGCCGGCGGAGCCUUCCUCAGCGGCGGUGGAAGCGGCCAAUGGUGCGGAGCAGAGCCGGGCGGACAAAGCGCCAGGUGGGCGGAGCCCACUGAGUGCCGAGGAGCUGAUGGCCAUCGAGGACGAGGGCGUGCUGGACAAGAUGCUGGAUCAGACCACAGACUUUGAAGAGCGGAAGCUCAUCCGGGCCGCACUGCGUGAGCUCCGACAAAGGAAGAGAGACCAGCGGGACAAGGAGCGAGAACGGCGGCUGCAGGAGGCUCGGGCCCGGCCAGGGGACAGCCGUGGCAACACAGCCACCGAGACCACCACGCGGCACAGCCAGCGGGCGGCCGAUGGCUCAGCUGUCAGCACUGUCACCAAGACCGAGCGGCUCGUCCACUCCAAUGAUGGCACCCGGACGGCCCGCACCACCACAGUGGAGUCGAGUUUCGUGAGGCGCUCAGAGAGUAAGGCUGCCCGGCGUCCACCUGCGCCCGCUGCCGGCCCCCUCGGCCUCCUCCUCGAGCUCUCUCUCCGUGUCUUCGACUCUGCUGUCCCUCUCUCUUCUCCCCCUGUGGCUAUCACCAUCCUUUCGCACGGCGUCCCACCCCUCACCCGGCUCUCCUUGCCCUUUUUUGCAGAUGGCAGUGGCAGCACCAUGAUGCAAACCAAGACCUUCUCCUCCUCCUCCUCAUCCAAGAAGAUGGGCAGCAUCUUCGACCGCGAGGACCAGGCCAGCCCGCGGCCCGGCAGCCUGGCGGCGCUGGAGAAGCGCCAGGCGGAGAAGAAGAAAGAGCUGAUGAAGGCACAGAGUCUGCCCAAGACCUCAGCCUCUCAGGCGCGCAAGGCCAUGAUAGAGAAGCUGGAGAAGGAGGGCGCCGCGGGCAGCCCGGGCGGACCCCGCACAGCGGUGCAGCGCUCCACCAGUUUCGGGGUCCCCAACGCCAACAGCAUCAAACAGAUGUUGCUGGACUGGUGCCGAGCCAAGACACGUGGCUACGAGCACGUGGACAUUCAGAACUUCUCCUCGAGCUGGAGCGAUGGGAUGGCCUUCUGUGCCCUGGUGCACAACUUCUUCCCUGAGGCCUUUGACUAUGGGCAGCUCAGCCCUCAAAACCGGCGCCAGAACUUUGAGGUGGCCUUCUCAUCCGCUGAGACCCAUGCGGACUGCCCGCAGCUCCUGGAUACAGAGGACAUGGUGCGGCUUCGAGAGCCUGACUGGAAGUGCGUGUACACGUACAUCCAGGAGUUCUACCGCUGUCUGGUCCAGAAGGGGCUGGUAAAAACCAAAAAGUCCUAACCCCUGCUGGGGGCCCCACGGAUGCUAGUGGACUGCGUGCCCCUGGUGGAGGUGGAGGACAUGAUGAUCAUGGGCAAGAAGCCCGACCCCAAGUGCGUCUUCACCUAUGUGCAGUCGCUCUACAACCACCUGCGGCGCCACGAGCUGCGCCUGCGCGGCAAGAAUGUCUAGCCUCCCCGCCCGCACGGCCCGCCCGCGGCGAGCUGCCGCCCCACCUUCCGGGCACCGUCCCUCCUGUGCGCCUGCCCACCGCCGCCCCGUCUGUCGCGACACCCUCCCCCACACACGCAGCGUUUUGAUAAAUUAUUGGUUUUCAAUGA